UUCUCUUAAUGGAAUUAACAUAUCACAGUACUGUAAUAUUGGUGGUGCAGAAAAGAUAAGGGACCACAGUAAUGGAAACAUCGCUGUUGACUCAUACCAUAGAUACAAGGAAGAUGUGGCUAUAAUGAAGGGCCUAGGUUUUGAUGCUUACAGAUUUUCCAUUUCAUGGUCUAGACUGUUUCCGCGUGGCCAUCUUAGUGGAGGCAUAAAUACAAAAGGAAUUCAUUACUACAACAAUCUCAUCAAUGAACUCUUAGCUAAUGGAAUCCAACCUUUUGUGACGUUAUUCCACUGGGAUCUUCCUCAAGCUCUUGAAGAUGAAUAUGGUGGUCUUUUAAGCUCCAAAAUUGUGGAUGAUUUUCGUGAUUAUGCGGAGUUAUGCUUUAAAACCUUUGGUGAUAGAGAGAAGCGCUGGAUAACUUUGAAUGAGCCAUUAACUGUUGCUGAUGAUGCUUAUGCAACUGGUAAAAAAGCACCUGGGAGAUGUUCCGACUGGCUCCCUUAUAACGGCAAUGGUGGCGAUUCAAGUACUGAGCCAUAUAUAGUAGCUCAUCAUCAACUUCUUGCUCAUGCAGCUGCAGUUCAAGUGUACAAGGACAAGUACCAGAUGUCUCAAAUGGGUCAAAUAAGAAUUACUCUAAAUUGUCGAUGGAUUUUACCCUUGACUAACUCAAGUAGAGACUUUAGUGCAGCAUCCCGAGCCAUUUCUUUCCAAUAUGAUUGGUUUAUGGAACCACUGAAGUCUGGUACGUAUCCAGCUGAUAUGGUUGCUCAUGUGGGGAAACGAUUGCCUAAAUUUUCUAAGGAGGAAUCGUUAAUGGUGAAAGGAUCUUUUGAUUUCAUUGGACUAAACUAUUAUACUUCAAAAUAUGGUUUUGAUGUUCCUUGCAAAACUGAAUACUUAAGCUACACCACUGACUCUUGUGCUCAGUCUACAGCCCAGCGAAAUGGGAUUCCCAUUGGUCCUGCGACAGGAUCAGAUUGGCCUUAUGUGUAUCCAAGAGGAAUUCUAGAUCUUUUGCUCUACACCAAGAACAAGUUUAAUGAUCCAAUCAUUUACAUUACUGAGAAUGGAGUUAGUGAGCUUGAUACUGAUUGGAUAAUUGUAGAGGAUGACUAUAGAAUUCGUUACUUCAAUGAUCAUCUUUCAUUCGUCCAGAAAGCAAUUAAGAGUGGCGUGAAAAUAAAGGGAUACUUUGGAUGUUGAAUACCAUACCAAACUUGAGCAAUGAUCAAUAUCAUCUUCUUUAUGACAGCAAAUUCUACCACAUUUACUAAGCUUCUUCAAAGCAUCUCCAAAAAAAUUCAAAAGCCAUAAAAGCAAGCUUCUCCAUUUCCCUCCAACACUUUCCAUUUCAAAUAAAGAUCAAG